UCAGAUUUUUGGGUGAAAGAAAGUUUUGUCUAAAAAAAGUUACAUUUCCUAGUUUGAGUUGCCGCAUCCGAGAUUAUGAGCCUGGACUACAAACACUGGCUGCUGCAAAGAGUGGCGGCCUUCUAUCACUCGAUCUACUUCUACGUGUCGCUCUUCUCGCUGGGAUACUGCCUUCUAUUGUACCAGGCGCGGGAUCGGAUCUACCAGAUGGAGUUGUCCUGGGCCAGGAUAUCGCUGGUCUACAGCUGUGCCGGGAUCCUGGCCCUGAUGCUGACCCUGGUGGCUUACUACACCUGGGUGGCCGUAAGACUGGUUUGGCGGCAAUAUUGCACUCAUAGCCGCGCCACUCAACGCACUCGAUUCCUGUUCGACUUGUACAGAAAACAGCAGGUGGGGGCUUUGAAGUAGAUGCGGAUGGUUCUGGCAUUAUGAUCUGAUUAAUCCUCGAAUUGCUUUCAAUAAAUUAAUCAGUUUUGGCAUCAAAUGGGCGCUGGUGGCACGGCAAUAUGCAAAUCGUUUAAUCAAAAUGUAAAUGCAAAUGCGAAAAAUUAAAAUGUUCUCUCGUCAGAAGUCGCGCAAACAGACAUUUUGUAAA